AUGCCGUCUCUACUCCCUUUUGUAUCACAAGAAGAAUUCAAGAUAUUUCAUGAAAUUGACAGGGAAUUAUACACAAUCCUUGCCAUCAAUUUAUGGCGGGAUCCAGUGGAUUCUAUGCAGAUUAUGGCCUUAUGGCUCUGGUUGGAGAGAACAGGCUUUAACAAUGUUGUAAAGAAGAUAUUAUCCUUGCCUUACACAUUGAUAAAUGAACUAGCAGAUGAGGCAGUCAUCUGCCUGAACUGCAUUAACAAUGAUCAUUCUCCUUGCUCAUCUGAGAAUAAUGAUAUUCCUUUGAUGCAGUGCUUGAUGGAGAAAGAAAUUUCUCUCAGAUUUUUUUACGACAAUCGGCUAAAUGCAAUUCAAGGGGUUGCGAAAAUUGCAAGCGAUGUUUGCAUUAGAGCAGUAACCGACAUCAUGCAACAAGCUGUUGAAAGAAAUGCCAGUCAAAGCUUAGCAGAUAGCCAGAAGAUGAUGGCGCAAUCCUUCCAGAAAUCUUUGGUUCAACCUGGAUUUCAAGUGAGAUUUUGUCCGAAUGAAAUGGUUCAGUCGUGGACCCAACAAAAUGAGGUUCCAGCAGACGAUAGGACUAUGUUCGUUACAUUCUCUAAAGGGUAUCCAGUGCUUGAAAGGGAGGUAAGAGAAUUCUUCACAAGAGCUUAUGGGGAUUGUAUAGAGUCAUUGCACAUGCAGGAAGUUCAGUCAACUGAGCAAUCCCUGUUUGCUCGCAUUGUUUUUCACUCAGCAUCAAGCAUUGAUGUGAUUCUGAAUGGUAUGGGUAAGGCAAAGUUCACCAUCAACGGGAAGCAUGUCUGGGCCCGGAAAUUUAUUCCAAAACGCCCGAAAUCGUUGCUGACACCACCAAAGCCUCCAAGUUUGUAA